GCGCCCGGUAUGUGAGUCACCGUAUACCCUCGAGCCUGUCUCUCGUCGUCGGUCACUUCCUUCACCGACGUCGCCACCGCCAGCUGCCGCUUGACUUCACGUGACAGGAACCGCCAAUGGGGGCGGCGAUGCUGACGGGCGUGAUAACGGAGAUCUUGAUCCCGGUGGCUGCCGUCAUCGGGAUCGCCUUCGCGCUGCUCCAGUGGAUGCUGGUGUCGGCCGUGAAGCUCUCGCCGGAGAGGCAGACGCCCGCGGGGGGUAACAAGAAGAACGGGUUCGCCGCCGACUUCCUCAUCGAGGAGGAGGAGGGGCUCAACGAUCACAACGUCGUGGUGAAGUGCGCCGAGAUCCAGAACGCCAUCUCCGAAGGAGCAACUUCCUUCCUUUUCACUGAAUACCAGUAUGUUGGAGUCUUCAUGGCUGUUUUCGCUGUGCUGAUCUUCCUCUUUCUUGGAUCCGUGGAAGGCUUUAGUACAAAAAGCCAGCCAUGCACCUAUAGCAAGGAUAAGUACUGCAAGCCAGCACUUGCAAAUGCCGUCUUUAGCACUGUGUCGUUUUUGCUUGGUGCUAUCACCUCUGUGGUGUCUGGAUUUCUUGGGAUGAAAAUUGCAACAUACGCCAAUGCAAGAACAACUUUGGAGGCAAGGAAGGGUGUUGGAAAAGCAUUUAUCACUGCGUUCAGGUCCGGUGCAGUCAUGGGCUUCUUGCUGGCUGCAAAUGGCCUUUUGGUGCUUUACAUUGCAAUCAACCUAUUCAAGUUGUACUAUGGCGAUGACUGGGAAGGCCUUUUUGAAGCCAUCACUGGUUAUGGUCUUGGUGGCUCCUCCAUGGCUCUUUUCGGAAGAGUAGGUGGUGGUAUCUACACAAAGGCAGCUGAUGUUGGUGCUGAUCUGGUUGGUAAGGUUGAGAGGAACAUCCCUGAAGAUGACCCUCGAAACCCAGCUGUGAUAGCUGACAAUGUUGGAGAUAAUGUCGGAGAUAUUGCAGGGAUGGGAUCUGAUCUUUUUGGCUCGUAUGCUGAGUCCUCAUGUGCUGCCUUGGUCGUCGCCUCAAUUUCUUCCUUUGGAAUUAACCAUGACUUCACUGCUAUGUGCUAUCCCCUGCUUAUUAGCUCCAUGGGUAUCAUUGUUUGUCUGAUCACUACACUUUUUGCUACUGACUUUUUCGAAAUAAAGGCGGUGAAAGAUAUCGAGCCUGCACUUAAGAGGCAGCUCAUAAUCUCCACUGCUCUUAUGACUGUUGGUAUCGGAAUCGUCAGCUGGAUAGCUCUCCCAUCUUCCUUCACAAUCUUCAAUUUUGGUGAGCAAAAGAAAGUGAAGAACUGGGAGCUGUUCUUCUGUGUUGCAAUUGGAUUAUGGGCUGGUUUGGUUAUCGGGUUUGUCACUGAAUAUUUCACAAGCAAUGCGUACAGCCCUGUGCAAGAUGUUGCUAACUCAUGCCGAACUGGUGCUGCCACUAAUGUCAUCUUUGGGCUUGCUUUGGGAUACAAAUCUGUCAUCAUCCCCAUUUUCGCUAUCGCAGUUAGCAUUUUUGUGAGUUUUAGUCUUGCCGCCAUGUAUGGCAUUGCAGUUGCUGCUCUUGGCAUGUUGAGCACCAUUGCGACUGGGCUGGCGAUCGAUGCUUAUGGUCCCAUCAGUGACAAUGCUGGAGGCAUUGCUGAGAUGGCCGGAAUGAGCCACAGGAUUCGGGAGAGAACCGAUGCGCUGGAUGCCGCAGGCAAUACUACCGCAGCAAUCGGAAAGGGGUUUGCCAUCGGUUCUGCUGCGUUGGUGUCGCUUGCGCUCUUUGGUGCCUUUGUGAGUAGAGCCGCAAUCUCCACAGUGGAUGUUCUCACGCCAAAAGUCUUCAUUGGGUUGAUCGUUGGUGCAAUGCUGCCUUACUGGUUCUCAGCCAUGACCAUGAAGAGCGUCGGUAGAGCAGCCUUGGAGAUGGUCGAGGAAGUCCGCAGACAGUUCAACAGCAUCCCGGGGCUCAUGGAGGGUACUGCCAAGCCCGAUUAUGCAACCUGUGUUAAGAUCUCCACAGAUGCUUCCAUCAAGGAGAUGAUUCCUCCUGGUGCUCUGGUGAUGCUCACCCCCCUAAUUGUCGGGACCUUCUUCGGUGUCGAGACCCUAUCUGGGGUUCUUGCUGGUGCCCUUGUUUCCGGAGUUCAGAUUGCUAUCUCUGCAUCAAACACCGGCGGUGCAUGGGACAAUGCAAAGAAGUAUAUCGAGGCUGGUGCAUCAGAGCACGCGAGGGCACUUGGCCCUAAAGGUUCCGAUGCCCACAAGGCUGCAGUGAUCGGCGAUACCAUCGGGGAUCCUCUAAAGGACACGUCGGGGCCGUCGCUCAACAUCCUCAUCAAGCUGAUGGCGGUGGAGUCGCUCGUGUUCGCACCAUUCUUUGCGGCUCACGGCGGCCUCCUCUUCAAGAUCCUCUGAGAUGGGAGGGGGAGGACCGAGAGUGGUACGGAGGCACCACCACGAGCUCCACUUCCACCUCCAUGUUCUUCUGCUACUGAUGCCAAACCUCUGUCACCCUGUCAACCGUUUGGCCUACCCAGUUUUCCGUCUUUAUGGUUAGUUCGUGUUGUAGUUCCAUGCAAGUCGGCACCUGCAAAGCCCCAUCGUGGACUUUGGAGCCAAGCAAGCUUUUCUUGUACUCGGUGAUGAUGAUAAUGGUGUUGACAGUUUUCUUUUCUUUUAAA